ACAGACAGCCCCGCAGUUCAACAAUGGAGGGCCCUCAACCAGGCGAGAGUCCAGACAAUGAAUACAUGGCGAUGGAUUCUGACCCGUGGGAAGACCAAGAUGACACUUAUGAAAACGGAGACACUCUUGACAUUGGUAUAAGACAAAGAGAGGUUGUGCCAGUGCCAGGAGGAGCCACUCAGCUGACUAACAGGGCCUCCCGGCAAACUAAUGACACUCCCAACCGUCCACAGAUCAACAGUCUGCCUCUCCCUAGCAGGUACAUGACUUUAAGAUGGCCUCCACCGAAUGGAAACAUAGCAUCGGCGAAAACAGAGCAAUUAGCCUUCUUGCAGAGAACCAUGGUGGGGCUGGUCUUGUUGUGCCUACUGUUGCUUGUAGUAGUGCUUGGUCUGAGCUUUGCUUGUGACAUACUCGCAAGACUCCACAAAUGGUCACUAGAGAAACAGCUUGAAGGAAUCGGUUUGGGGUGUGGACCAAGAUACUACAUUUCUAAUGCUGAGAACCAAACCUCUGAUUCAGAGCUGCAUGUCUUAAACUGUGAAAUGCUUAAGAAGUUCAUGAGUCAAGAAUCGUUUGUUCUUCACUUGCAAAACGGCUCAUGUAAUAACUCAUGGAAGUGCGAGUGUUGAUUUAUGGCCGAUGGAGAACAGGAUUCCACCCCUCUCUGUAUAUGCUUUGUAUUCAAAAUAACACUGAUCAAUAUCAUAUAGCUACGACAUUCUCUACAUGAUAAAAUAUAUUGACAUUUUGUAAUUUAAGAAUAGAUUAUGUUUAUUGUGUUGUUCAUUUUAAUAUUGUAUUUUUAUACUUGUGUAAACACACACAUGUUGCCAUGUGUUGUCUUGAGUUAAAAAAACACGUUUCCAAUGCUAUUUCCUAUGCACAAAAGUGUGAAACAUAAACUAACUAAUUACAGUUAUCUAAACAAAAUGUUAUCAAAACAAAAAUGACCACUUUUCCUUCUCAUUAAACUGAAUGUAAGGCAUUUUAACUUUUAAGCUUUUUAUAAAGUAACACAAGAAAAAGGUUAGUUGGAUUAACUCUACAGGUUUAAGUUGAAGUCACCCUGGUAACCGAAAUGCUAACCAUAGCUUACCAAAUGAAACAUUAAAACAAAAUUAACUUAACAAAAAGUAAUUAGAGGUGCUUUCUUAGUUUUCAAAACCUGACUCUCCAUGUUUAUUACAAUUGAAAAUAUUUUCAUAAAUACAAACUUGUAUAUAUUUUUUUAAUAUAACUAAAUGGCAUAGCUCAGCAGAAGGUUGGGCUACCUGUUAGAGAAAACAGAAAAAAUCUGGUCACCCCAGCACAUAAAAGGUAUGGUGGAAAAAUUUGUGUUUUUGAAUCUGUAACUAUUUAUCUCUCAGUAUACCUUGUUAUACUGAGGUAUACCGUGAAAAAAGAUAGGAGAUUGAGAAACAUAUGAUCAUAGAGCUAAGCAAUAUAGAGAUAUUUGUUGUUUUGUAAAAUAAAAACAAAACAAGUCUUGUAUUUAUUCCUAUCCGAUGCUUUGUGAGCUGAAUAUAAAGUACCGUAUAUAGAACAAAA